AUGGACUCAAGUGCCACACCGAUUUUCUCUGCCGUUUCUAAUUUCACCCAUCAUCUUUAUGUCAUAUUACGAUGUAUCGGAUUUGCCUCAAAGGCUGCAAUUCAAAUUACUCCGCAAGGGAUCCGAUUCUCUGCAGAAGACGGGAGGGUCAUGCAAGGACUCGCUUUUUUAGACAAGUCUCUAUUCACAAGCUUCUCCUUUAAGCCAGACGACACGGCUAUCCCCAGUCAGAUUAGUGCCGAAGAUGAUUUAUCUAACACUUCAUCAUACCCCCGAUUCCUCGUUUCUCUCACCGCUUUGAUCGAGACCCUUCAAAUUUUCGGCUUGACCGACUCCGCCCAUCCCUCAAAUCCCGUGCUGAAUUCCAAUGCAUUUUCAGCAUCUGCCCUGCAUCUCGACCGCACAUGCACUAUCACAUACGUCAGGCCCGGAUCUCCGUUAUGUAUUACUCUCGCAGAAGCUGGCGUCACCACCACAUGUGAACUCACUACGUACGAGCCUGAUGAUCCGACAUUUACAUCUUCCACAGAAGAUGUAGAAAUCCCCCUUCAGCGUGAUGCCAUCGUCUUUAAGAUAAUUAUGAGGUCCCUUUGGCUACACAAUGCGAUUACGGAACUAGAUUCAACCGAUCCUACCGUUUUGACGCUUUCUGCUUCUUCAAAAGCUGCUCCUUAUUUUGCUUUUUCUGCAUCAGGAGGGCCUUUUGGCGAAUCGGCCGUGGAAUUCUCUAUCGACAAAGAGUCGGAUGACUUUGCCGACUCGACAUACAAGUCCUUCAACGACGAUGGCAGCUCUAAACCUCCUAAACGGGGAAAACUUGCCCCCGCUGUUGCAGAGACGUUUCUGGUGAGCCCGCCUCCUCCAAAAUCUCGCGUCCGCCAGAGUUAUCGGUUUGCACUUGUCCGAAAAGCGUUACGUGCCAUGGCCAUAUCAAGCAAAGUUAGCAUCCGUGGUGACAAUCAAGGUGUGUUGAGCAUGCAGUUUAUGAUCGAACUAGGCGAGAAUAUGACUAGUCGCGAGGCACAAGCUAGAGCAACUCGGAACUUAGAAACGACUACAACAGGGACCGUAAGUUUUGUGGAUUUUAGAUUUGUGCCGCUUGUGGAGGACGAGGAAAUGGAGGAGGCGGCAGAAUAA